GUGCUUCACUCGCAAAAGGUCUAGUUUAUGAAUAUUAUUUCCUGCAGGUGGUUGAUAGCUCGACUUUAGAAUGUCGAAGUUGAUUGUAACUUUGCUCUUGAUUGGGAUAUUGAUAGUUUGCGAUGGAUCUCCGCUGUCCCAUGAGAGCUCUGAGUCAAAUGAAUCAAAUGCACCGACCAAGAUGGAUUUUUUGGAAAAAAUAAGUGAACAAUGUAGAAACAACACUGGCUCCGAUGAUGCCUUCUUGGAAUUAAUGGAAUCAUUUGAAAAUGUGUCAAGAUGUGUGUUGAAAUUCGAUAUAGAGAGCUUUAACACCGAUUUCGAACAGCUGACGAACGCAACACGAACAGCAUUCUUUACCAAAUACUGUGCUGAAGUGCGACCGCUCGUUUCUUGCUUUGAUGAUGUAUUCGAUAGUAUGACGCCAUGUAUCAAGGAAAGUGGAUUCAAAGUUAUGAAGGUAUUUUUUGACAGUUUUCCGGAAACCUUGGACGUUGCGUGUAAAAACGACGGGGAAAUAAUAUUCAAACUGAAAGACGAGACACGCAAGAACUGUUUUAUGGAGCAAGGAAAACAAUUGUCGGAGUGUGUUGGUAAAUAUAUGAGUAGCGCAAUAUGGAAUGAUGAUUGGAAUUCCGAACUGACGCAAGACAAAUGCAGCAUACUUACGAGCUACAGAAGCUGCUUGAUGGAACCACUGGACGCUUGCGAUUUGUCUGACUUGAUAAGCAUUUACGAUGUGCCCAUGAAUGCUAUGUUGCGUCUGACACCUUGUGCCAAUACUACGGAGGAACUGAGGGUUGAAACGCAUCAGAACAACGCGACUGAAGUGAUUUAAAGCAGAUGAUACAAUUAACCAUGCUGUUUGGAAGUAUCUCGAAAAAGUAAUAAAGGAAAUUGAAAAUCAAUAUAGC